UUGAUAUUGUGUCCGAUCACAACAUGCUGGUUGUGGAGUGCUUGAUGCAGGGUGGGAAUGAAGUGAAAGUGGCAAGUAAGAGAAAGAAGUGGAGACUGAGAGAUGUAGGGUGGGAGAACUUUCAGGUUGAUCUGAGUGAGAGAAGCUGGGAUGACGAAAGUGUGCAUGACGUGGAGCAUCUGAAUGAGAAACUGGUUGAGGACGUGAGGGGUGCUGCUGAGAACCAGAUAGGGUUUGUGAGAGUAGGUAGAAGAAAGAAUGUAUGUAAACCAUGGUGGAAUGAUUAAAUCAGAGCGGCUAGGAAGGAGCGAAAGAGAAUGAGUAGACAUUGUAGAUGGCUGAGGAAAAAGAGGCAUGAAAGCGAUGAGGCAGAGAAUGAGUAUCUGAAUGCAUGGGCAGCGUAUGUGAAGCAGCAGCGGUUGACGAGACGAAUGAUAAUGAAUGCUAAAGUGGAGAGUGAAAGGAGCGUGAUUCAAUCUUUAAGGGAGAAAGGUAUGGAAGGUGGCCGUGAAUGGUACAAGUUCAUGAGAGGUGAGAAUAUGUCAGGCAGUGUUGGUGUGGAGAGACUAAAAGUGGAGGGUGUAGUUAUAACAGAGAAGGAUGGAAUCAGGGAGGCAAUCAAAGGGUUCUGGGAAGAAGUAGGUGGAGUAGGUGAGAUGUUUAGUGUGAGAGAAGAAUGUGUAACACUGGAAAGGAAGAAUGCAGAUGAACUGGAUGAAAGAAUCAGUAGGGAUGAAGUGGAGAGGUGUGUGAGAAGGCAGAAGAAUGGCAAGGCAGCAGGUCCAGAUGAUAUACCCUAUGAGUUCUACAAGAAUGGUGGGGAGGUAGUGAUAGACAGAAUGACUGAGUUAUUCAACCGAGUGUGGGAUGAAGAGAGAGUGCCAAGAAAGUGGAAUGAGAGCCGAGUGUGUCUGUUACAUAAGGGAGGAUUUAAGAGUAAGAAUGAGCUGAAGAACUACAGGCCAAUUGCAUUAGUGAAUACAGAGUUGCCGAUCCAAAGGCCUGGCUUAAGAGUGAUCCCGAGCUACCUGUACCAUCAAGAUCAAGAUCGAGCGUCCAUUUCAGAUGGUGAGUCUGCGUACAAAAUUGCAUCGGAGGGAUUGAUAGAGGCAGCCACAAUUAUCCAUCAUCAUCGGCGACACCAUGGCUCUUGAGAAGACAGACAGACCUCGAUGACAGCGUGGUGAGCGAGGAGGGGAGUCAACCAGCGGGGGGAGCAUGACCCCUACUUUGAACCUGUGGUGACCUUGCUGGAGGUCUUCGUGGUUAGUGAUGACCAGGAGGAGGAAAUGAUGAGACUGAGUUUCGAGAUCAGGCAGUACAAGCUGUUUCAUUAUCACACCUCUGAGUCGCCCCCACAGUGGAAGGAACGGGACAUGGAGGCCAUUAAGAUUCUGAGGAACAAGCAGAAGAAGGCUGUGGAGUUUGUUCAGCGGCAGAAUUAAUGCCAGUGGCUGAGUUCAGAUCCUCCAAGACACACACACACACAGCAGCCCUUCCACUUCCCCACAGCCCUCCACAGCCCCUGACACAGCAUCUAACACAGCCCCUUCACAGAACACCACAUACCUCACACAUACAUAAGAACAUAAGAACAUAAGAAAUAAGGGAAGCUGCAAGAAGCGAUCAGGCUUACACGUGGCAGUCCCUGUGUGAAACACCUACCUUGUUUCCAUCUGUUAUCCCCAUCCAUAAACUUGUCUAAUCUUCUCUUAAAGCUCUCUAGUGUAAUCUUCUCUUAAAGCUCUCUAGUGUCCUAGCACUAACUACAUGAUUACUGAGUCCGUUCCACUCAUCUACCACUUUAUUUGAGAACAAAUUUUUUCCUAUCUCCUUCCUAAACCUAAAUUUUUCAAGCUUGAACCCGUUAUUUCUUGUUCUACCCUGGUUGCUGAUCCUAAGAAUUUUGCCUACAUCCCCCUUGUUAUAACCCUUAUAUCACUCAAAGACUUCUAUCAGGUCCCCUCUUAACCUACAUAUCUCCAAAGAAUGUAAAUUUAACAGCUUCAACCUCGCCUCAUAAGGAAUACUCCUCAUCCCCUGUAUCCUUUUAGUCAUUCUCCUCUGUACUGAUUCUAAUAGACCUAUAUCUUUCCUGUAAUGUGGGGACCAGAACUGCACAGCGUAGUCUAGAUGAGGUCUGACCAGCGCCAAGUAUAACUUUAAUAUUACUUCCGGCCUUCUACUUUUAACACUCCUAAAAAUCACACACACCACAAGAGCCUCACAAACAGUCUGACAGCCUUCACAAGCAGCCCCACACUCCACCACAGACACACCAGACCCACAGCCCUUCACCUCACCCACUUCCCAGCCCCCCACAGCCCCCCAGCCACCACAAAUGAAGUGAAAGGAAGGGACUGUGGCUUCACCCAGCCAGCCAGGACAGCCUACAGAGAGGGGGUAGUCACAGUCAAGUCACAAAAUAUAGGCUUGGUUCUUCCUACAGUUUGAAGUCAAUGAUUGGACAGGCCAGACAGCUUAGUGGCAGAGCUGCAGGUGGCCCUUGUAAGCUUCCUGGUGGCACAGAUGUAGGACGGCUGGGAGCAGUGGAGGUGCCUGAUGGGGCAGCUGUGCCGGGCAGAGGGGCUGCUACUGCUGCUGCUGCUGCUGGGGAGAGCCACACUUGUAUGGUGGUAACACGGAGAGGAAGUGGAAGAAAGCUUGGGACGCUCCCAUAACUCAGGAGCAAGAAAUACACCUUACUGGAAACCUCGUGACUGACAGGUGGCGGUGACUGCAGGAACCAAUUCAGAUGUCUGUCUUGUGUUGGCGAACGUCCUGUCUGCAGUCAAGCCAGUAGUGCCAUGUCACAGGGUGUGACAUCAGGUGAAGAGCCAAAUGGAGAGUGUCUGCCACCAGUACUGGGUGUGCUGAUGCUGUACAAGUGUCGAGCCAGGUGCCACAGCACGUGUCAGCUGACUCCACUAGUGUAGUGUCUCUAGUCCAGGAUGCACUGCUGUGUACGACUUGUAUGUCUUUGCUAAUAAGUAAAUAUUUGUGACUAUUCUUAUUAUAUAUGUGAAAUAAAUAUAUAGUUUGCUAACAGUGUGGUAUAAUAGUGUAAAAAUAAAUAUUUGAUAACACAAUUCAUGCAUGCCCCAAAGGUAAAAAAAAAAAAAAAAAACAGGAUUGUGCCCUCUAAACUUUUAAGAUACCACUUGCACAUAGAAGCCCCGUCCCAGCGACUCCAGUGUCGGCUGGGAUGGGGCUUCUAUGUGCAAAUGGUAUCUUAAACUUAGUUUAGUAGCCAAUCCUGACUUUUUUUUUUUUUACCUUGGGGGGCAUGACCUGGGAGUAGUUUAGUAGCCAAUCCUGACCUUUUUUUUUUUUUUUACCUUGGGGGCAUGACCUGUACUCCCAGAAAGACUUUGCCAAAGAUAUUAUUGACAUGGCAUAAAUAACUAUCAUUGUUUUUUUUACCUUGAGGGCAUGACCUGUACUCCCAGAAAGACUAUUUGCCAAAGAUAUUAUUGACAUGGCAUAAAUAACUAUCAUUAUGUUCAAGAUGGUAUACUGAAUGUUUAUUGUUUUAAUGUGAAUGUUAAGUGAAUAAAUACACAACAAUAAUAUAAA